GUGUAGCCUACCUACCGAGGUGGAGGGACGAUGCCACCGUCUCAUAAUAACAGACAGUGCACGAACUGACCGCAUCAUCGAAAUUAAGAAUAUAAACCGUUAUUAAGACAGAUUGGGGCAAUAGAACAGGGGAGAAAAGAAAGGGAAAGACAGUUUAUGCAGUUUAAAACAUCUCUUCUCCGAAAGAAAGGAAAAUACUUGGAACUGUAGGAACUCCCUGGCUCACAUCCACAAAAGUGAUUCUGUCAUUAUGAAGAAGAGCAAUUUAGCCAAACGGGUAAGAUAUUGCUUUUAUUUUCAAGUAUUGGGUGCAAGUUUUUUGCCAUGCAUCUUUGCAUUAGGCUAUACAUUUUCUAGGAUAUACCUGGUAAUAUGCCCAGAAUCGGGCAUUACGCGCGCUUUGACACCACAGCACACAUUGGCGGCUAUAUCACACACAUUAUCUAUAUCACACAUUUGAUAGCCUACAAUUCCUAAACAAUGGUCGUUUGGCACCUCCUUAUGCGCGCCACAUUCAAUGUGUAGCCUAUCAGUUUCCUUGUGUGCCAUUACACGGAUUUCCUCAACAUUCCGAUUCAAUCUUCCAGUGAAGAGUACAAAGUGUUUUAUUUACAUUAGUGUGCCAUUGUUAGAUGCCCCUUGCGCUGUAUCAGUUGGUAGCUUUCAGAUAUUUUAUUUGCCACACCCUGGAUGUUAUAAGACCUGCAAUUAAAUUUUAAGCACAGAAGAGCGCACCAUUAUCAUUUUUGGGAAAAGACGCUUGGAGACUCAUAGUUGCCAGAGUGGACUUACUGGGGCUGAGAUGGAAAAGGCAUUUGCCUUUGAAAGAGCUAUUAUUCUCUCUGUACUCUCACGAACAUCUUGUUACCUAAGAUAAACUAGGUUUUAACGGAUUUAUUCCACUUUAAACAUGCAGGGUCCUCAAGAUGUCAACCAGCUGUCGUCGCAGCCAGACAAAGUAGGCUGGAUCCGCAAGUUCUGUGGCAAAGGGAUUUUCAGGGAAAUAUGGAAAAACCGUUUCGUGAUACUGAGAGGAGACCAUCUGUACAUCUCUGAGAAAGAGGUAUGGACUUCUCUUUUACCUCCACAGUGGAGGCUGCUGAGGGGAGGACGGUUCAUAAUAAUGGCUGGAAUGGAGCAAAUGGAAUGGCAUCAAACCAUGUGUUUGAUGUAUUUGAUACAUUUUACAUUUAUGUCAUUUAGCAGAAGCUCUUAUCCAGAGCGACUUACAGAGUGCAUUUUUUUUUUCAUGAUACCAUUCCACUAAUUCUGCUCCAGCCAUUACCACGAGCCCGUCCUCCCCAAUUAAGGUGUCACCAACCUCCUGUGCUCCAAUAUUAUGUGGAGGCCAGUGGAGGCUGCUGAGGAUAGGACGGCUCAUAAUAAUGGCUGGAAUAGAGACAAUGGAAUGGCAUCAAACACAUCAAAUACGUGGUUUCCAUGUGGUUGAUACCACUCCAUUGACUCCAUUCCAGCCAUUAUUAUGAGUCGUCCUCCCCUCAGCAGCCUCCACUGGUGUAGGCUAUAAUUGUGUCUACAUUGAGCGCACCUGUACUUGAAAUUGUUAAACGGCCAACCUGGCUGCCUUUGUUUGUGUGUGUGUGCAUGACUGACUGUGCUCUUGUGUGUGUGUGUGUGUAUGUGUGUGUACUUAUGAACAUUUGAUUUAAUUUGCCUGUACUGCCAUAGACAUUUCAGGUUUCCUUUGUUGCAGGCUCGCUCCCCUUGCUCAGUAGAGAUGUUUGUGUGUGUGUCUGUGUAUGUGGCUGACUGUGCACUACACAAUUGAAAACCAGUUAACCACAAAUACCACACAGCCUGUUAAAGAUGCACCAUUAAGAUUACAGCUUUGACGGCAAACAUGGAUGUCACUUUUUGGCCUGUGGAAGGACAUCUUGGGUUUCUCUGAGGAACUUGUUUUGUGAAAAUAUCCUUUAAUGUAAGCUACACAUGAGCUCUCAGCUCUUGGUCUGUUGUUUCCAGCAGAUGUUGUUAGAAGUCUAGAAAUCAAGGCUAGGGUCGCCAUGGAAAGGGCACUGUUGAAUGGCGCAGUGGUCUAAGGCACUGCAUCGCAGUGUUAACUGUGCCACUAGAGAUCCUGGUUCGAAUCCAGGCUCUGUCGCAGCCGGCCGCGACCGGGAGACUCAUGGGCGGCGCACAAUUGGCCCAGCGUCGUCCAGGGUAGGGGAGGGAAUGGCCGGCAGGGAUGUAGCUCAGUUGAUAGAGCAUGGCGUUUGCAACGCCAGGGUUGUGGGUUUGAUUCCCACGGGGGGCCAGUAUAAAAAAAAGAUGUAUUCACUAACUGUAAGUCGCUCUGGAUAAGAGCGUCUGCUAAAUGACUAAAAUGUAAAUGUAAAUGUAAAUGUAAAAGAAAUAGGGUAAAUUGUCAAAUCUAAGCACAAAUCACCAUGCAAGCGCAAAAAAAAUGAUGUGCUGAAUUCGGAUUACUUUCACUGACGCAAACGUGCCCAACUUCUGAGGUCAAUAAAAUACCCACUGGGCACAGACAUCAAUUCAACGUCUAUUCCACAUUGGUUCAACAUAAUUGAAAUGUGCCUAGUGGGUACUACUAUGGGCAUUGGUGGCAGAUGGUGACUCAGUAUCAUUGUUGGGCAAAUUUAGAACACUGUCCAUUACAAUACAACAGGUUUUGGCCAUGGCAUAGAGACAUAGCUAUUUUGUUUGACUGAAAGUAAUGGCUUAUGUCCAAGUGCUUUUAUCACAUGAAAGGUUCUAGUGAACAGCUUCAUUAUCAGUACAAGUUUCGAGAUCAUAUGGCCUAGGUGUUAAACCUUUAGCUGUAGCGAAUUCAUUCUGUCGAAAGGCACUGAAGCAUCAUAUCUGGGGAGUAGCACUGGUAUCUAUUUUUGUUGAUAACGACCACACUAUAGGGCAUGGACAGAAUCAGCCAUCCAUCUCUGUAUUCUUUAUUAUUUUCUGUGUUCUUUGUUUUUGAGGUCAGAUUCUGUUUAAUAUCACUGUUUCAAUACCCCCCCCCCCUCCCCCCAGCAGUAACCAUGGAGAUAAACGCUACUGACAACUGAGAGGGCACAGGUCUUUCUGAAAGCAGAAUAAUGCCCUUUAAAUUAUUCCUAUAAGGGAUUCUCAGAACAGCAAAUUAAAGUUCCACAAAAGGGUCUGCAUCGCUCUAUUGCUCUAAUGAAAGACAAACAUUUGAAGAUAAUAACUCGUAGACAUGCACUGGGUUCAGUUCAGGUUCAGUUAAGGCUAACCUUGUUAGUCAUUUAUCUCUGGUUCAGUUGUGGAUGUAGGUGUUACGCUUGCUAAUGAAACAAACAAACCUAUGACAACAUUGCUGGUUCACUUGAUGAUUCAGUCACAUGCAAUGCCUCUCUUGCCUUAUCUUCAAGCCCCAAAGGCCUGACUGAGUUUUGAGUGCUUCGCUGUCCGUUUCUGAACCCUGAACAAGGCUCCAACAGGGUACCCACAGGCUUCCCUUGAAGGGAGAGAGUGGGACUGAGGGCUCCAGCUGCAUGCAAUGCCAGUUUCCCCAAUAAUUUUAGAACCAAAGUUUAAAAAGUGUUUUUUCUUCUGUGCCCUGCUCCCUUACAGCUUGCUGGAUGAGCAACAAACACGUGUCAGAAACUCAUAAGACCAUGGCUGACGCAGCUGCGCCUCUCACUGCCUGAGGAUCCCUAAGCACCCAAUGCCCCCACCCCUCAACCCUACCCCACACACACACACACACACACUCAGCUGAGGUUCAGUUGCUUUGUAAUGCCAUUACCAUCCUCACCUGUGGUACAGAACGCAUCAAUUCAGCAUAGUUAACUUUAGUUCUCUUUCUUUCUCUCACACAUGCUCUUUAAUUUCUUGGAUGUUAUAGUUCUGUUAUGUAAUGCACCUAUGGCUCCAUUCACACUUAAUACAAUUCUAUUUUUGUUAAGGAGAUAUUUUCAUAUUAUGUAUAUUGGUAUUUAAUAUAAUAAUAUGCCAUUUAGCAGACGCUUUUAUCCAAAGCGACUUACAGUCAUGCGUGCAUACAUUUUUGUGUAUGGGUGGUCCCGGGGAUCGAACCCACUACCUUGGCGUUACAAGCGCCGUGCUCUACCAGCUGAGCUACAGAGGACCACGUGGCAUGCUAGCUAUUUGUCAGGUGAAGGUAACUGCUCCCCCAGUGCUGUUUGACCAGCGUGUCAUGUGCUCCGCUGCAACUUCUUAACCACGAUUAAUGGGGGUGCAUUAUUCAAAUGUGAACUUUGAAAAGACAAGCACGCUGUUCAUGAAGUAGGCCAGAAGGCUAAGAUGAACACUGAGGCUUUUGUAACUCCAACGCUCAGCGUAACUACAGCUGAACGGCCUCUUGGGGCCCGGGAUAAUCUUUUCAUUUUCCUAUAGAGUGCCCUCUUUGAGUUUGAUUUAAUGGCUUAUAGACCUUGAGUGCUAUCAUGUCGUUAGUGAGUUACAGCACAAUUUACGCUUUUGAACCAUAUUCACUGAAUUAAUUGCCUCUAUCAUUUCUAUUAAUCACAGGCGAAGGACAUUCAUAAUGUGGGUUUACUCCAACAUUUUAUACUGUAUUUCAAGGCAGGUGUGGUUUUGAAUCAACAUAAUCAAGCAUCCGCAAAAUAUACAACCUGCGGGAGUAUUUGUUUAAAUGUGUUAAACACUUGCGUUAAAACGUGACCAACAUUGCACUUUAACUUUACCUGCAAUUGAUUGAAUUGUGGCAUGAGUGUGCAAGCUGGACAAUUGCCUGCUGCCUCAUAAGAUUAGCUACAUAAGCUCGGGGAUGCACAGUAAGCAGGUAUACUGUUCUAUUACCUCGAAGCAUCCUCACAUGGGGCACCAGUUCGAUGUGUGAGAGAUUCUCAUAAGAGGAUUUGCAACCAUGCAACUGGGACUCUGAGACGUUAACUGCUGGUGACGUUACUCUGUACUACCCCAGAUUCAAACUUACUUCAUAAUUUGACCACUAAUAAGAGUGCAAAUAUCUAUCUAUCUAUCUGUUCUCCUGUCUUUUAUGUUUGAUUGUGAAGGAGAAAAGGGGGGUGAUACUGUAUUUAGAGGAAAAUUCACAGAGAGAAGUAAGGCGUAAGCUGGGAUGAACUCCUGCCGCAGGAGGGCAUAUAGUCUGGAGGUCAGCAACUCUACCACCAGACCCGACCCCGGCACAGAACACAAAUAUACACUGAGUGUACAAAACAUUAGGAACACGACAUGAAAUAGACUGACCAGGUGAAUCCAGUUGAAAGCAUUAUCCCUUAUUGAUGUCACUUGUUAAUUCCAGUUCAAUCAGUGUUGAUGAAGGGGAGGAGACAGGUUAAAGAAGGAUGUUUAAACCUUGAGACAAUUGAGACAUGGAUUGUGCCAUUCAGAGGGUGAAUGGACAAGACAAAAGAUUUAAGUGCUUUUGAAUGGGGUAUGGUAGUAGGUACCAGGCGCACCGGUUUGUGUAUGUCAAGAACUGGGUUUUUCACGCUUAACAGUUUCCCGUGUGUAUCAAGAAUGGUCCACCACCCAAAGGACAUCCAGCCAACUUGACACAACUGUGGGAAGCGUUGGAGUCAACAUGUGCCAGCAUCCCUAUGGAACGCUUUUCGACACCUUGUAGAGUCCAUGUCCAGACGAAUUGAGGCUGUUCUGAGGGAAAAAUGGGGUGUAACUCAAUAUUAGGAAGGUGUUUCUAAUGUUUUGUACACUCAGUGUAUUUUAAGACUAUUGAAUUUCAUCACCUCCCAGUUACUUUGCAGUGUCAGGGGAAACUAUUCAGGGAACAGCUCCAGUAUUCUAGUGUUGAACAUUUCAAGAUAUCGUUAAAGAUUUCAUCAUCUCAAAGAGCCUGUUAACUGCGGUGUAUUUUUCAUAUUAUGCCCGCUCAGCUACUGCUCAAUGCAAGAUUUUGAAUUAUUUUUUAUCAUCCUCAGCUCAAGCUUCCCAUAAUAGGCUACAGAGCCAGAGCUCUGAGAGCCUCAAUUCACCAGACAGGCAUGAUGCUACAAGAACGUGGAUUACACAACACAGGAACUGCAUAGAUGCGUGUGUUACAGUGAGGUCUGUUCGUCCAUAAAAGGCUGUUGUUGUGUGUGAAGUGUACACUAACGUAUGUUGUCAUAGUUGAGAAUAAGAUGUGUGUCUGUGUGCUGAGAGUGUAUGUUAUGGAGGUGUGUGCUCCUGUCUCUGCUCCCACGAUAUCAACCCUGUAUAUUGCUCUGCUCUUAUCUUAUAGCUGUGCUAUUGACUGCAGGUUACGCACAUCAUACAACUUUCAUAAGAGCACUCUCUGUUCUCUUCUCUAGUCUUUACACGUGCAGACAGAGAUGCUCCUGUAGAAUGCUCAAAGUGCUUCCACUGAAGCACUCAAUCUUUGAUCUAUGUGAAUCAUUUAUGGGAUUUCCGCCUAUGUUUCUGUACUGUGUAUAUAUAGAGUCUUUAUGGUUUUCAAUGGUGACGUGCAUGGCAUAUGAAAGAGGACACUAAAACAAAACAGGAUUUAGCGCGAGAGAGUGAGGGAAGCUUGUUUUCAUCAGAUACUGUAUGACCUAGGCCAGGAGGUUCUUGAGGGAAGAUUUUAGGCCAUGCAUUGAAGAAAUGUGGUGACGCAGUUGGACAAGUGUUUUGUAGUUGGUCAAGAUCUUUGUGAUUGAUGUAGCUUACAGAUACUGUUGCAAUGUGAUUGACUCAACAUCUGUGACAGAAAGCGAAUGUGUGACAAAGUUUUGUGGUUGAUAGAGAAACCCUGUGACUGGAGGAGCUUAGCAUAAAAUUGGACUAACACACCUCUGAAAUUGGUCAAGGACCACACAAGUGUUGUUACUGGUCCAACAGAUCAGUGGAGUUAUUGGUGAAAACUGUAUGUAAUUGGAAAUAGUGCAAGAUGACUGGUCAUUAAGCAUAUCAUAUGGUCAAUGUAACAAAGCUAUAUGAUUGGUGCAGGAAGGCCAUGGUGGUUUAGCUUUCCAUUCUUGUUAUGCUAGUUAUUUCAGGAAAGCCUACUGAAAUAUAGUAUUACAUUAUAAAUAAACCAGCCUCUUUAAACUCCCCAGCUCUAAACUGCAUUACAUUUUCCGCAGUGAUUGAAAAGAUGCUUUUAAUCCAUUUCACCUCUUAAUUCCAACCUGGUUUAUAUAAAAAUCAAAUCCUCUAGGGCUUGAUUACAGGGUAUUACCGGCAUGUCGACCAGAUUUUGGAGUGUGACCAAUCGGACAUCGCCUUUCCAUUCACUCUAGGGUUUCCCCCUGCAUUUUACUGUUGGAUGGGCUGCCACCGGCUAGUAUAGACUUUAUGUAUCUUUGCGUUACAGGGCUGUAUGUUACUGGGUCAUUCUCAGUGGUGGGCAUUUAACCCCCACUACCACCCCCCAACUCUGCUUUUCCAUAUACGUAGCAGGAGGGGAGUGAAAUAUUGAUGGGAUGGUGAGGUUCCAGAAUGGGUCCUCAGGGCUUCUUUUGCCCCAUAUUAGAGUUGCGAGCCUCUCUCUCUCUCACACACCCACACACACCCACACACACACAUACAGCUCAUGCUUAUCUUUUACAUUUUAAAUGCAGUUUGGGUGGCUAACGAAGAGGUAGCAGCAUGCGGUGGGACACAGUUUGGAUCUGUGUUUUAUCAGGAAGAAAUUGGACUACACUUUUGACGUAUUUAUUGUCCUCAUACAGUAUACUGUAUAUCGCUAGGCAUAAUAAAGUUCCUCACUGAAAUUAAAAGACACAAAUGGUCAAAUGUAGCCCUAACAAGUGCAUUUCAGGCUGCUAGUGGUUUAAUAGUGGUUGAUACUAGGCUGCAACACAUUAUUAAAUGAUACCGUAUGUGGUGGUUUCUUUGAUCACAGAAACUCUCAGAGUUGCACCGCGUCUCGUUCUAACGUUGGCAGAUUCCUCUGAUGCAGGGCUCUGUUGCUGUGGAAAAUCUCUAUGCAUCAAGAUGAAAGUGUAACACCCUUCCCAACACACACUCACAUCCACCCACAUUGCUAUGUGUACCAAUGAUGUUCAACCUUAUCUCUCUGCGUCUCCUUAGGUUCUCACAACAGACCUACACAUAGGCUUGUACCCAUGUCAAUAACCAACCCCCAACACCUCCAAAUACACACACACCGCACCAUGACCCCCAUUGACCCCGUUGAUGUGUAGAAUCUAAUGGGGCCCUCUGGGAGGUCCCACCACCCUUGAGGUUGUAUGUAAUCACCUGUCAGUCAGGCUGAAUGAAGGGGUCGAUGUCUCUGCCCCAGCGCUGUUGAUUACAAUUGAUCUGCGAUUAAAUGAGACACUUUGCUGCGGGGCCACGAGACCAAUAAUGGGAGGCAGGGGAGUAAUACAGGAACACCCGCUCCAAGACUAAAUUUCUCAACCAAUUUGUCUGGCUAUUGCUUUUGGGCGGCAUUGGGAAGCAGGUUUUGAAAAUAAACACAUAUUUCAAUGCUCUGUGUAAAAGUAUGAUCAUAACUUGGUAACAUUCUGAUGUCAGGCCUGUAAUGGAAUUUUUAAAGACAUUUGGACUUGUCCUAAAAAGGCAGUCAGUACACCUACAGAAGUGCUUCUGUAUGGGCAUUUAAGGCCUGAUAUUCCAGAGAAUUUCAUUUGAAACCUCAAUAACAUAAUGGAUGAUACGAAUGUGAGAAACUGAUGAUUUUUACCCAGGCACUGUGGUGUGUCUCUGUGCUGUUGAAAGCUGCUGGAUAACAGAGAGUGGUAAUUAAGCAAUAAUUACCACUCUCUGUUACCACGGCUAAGGGCUGUUCUUAGGCACGACGCAUCGCGGAGGGCCUGGAUACAGCCAUUAGUCGUGGUAUAUUGGCCAUAUACCACAAACCCCUGAGGUGCUUUAUUGCUAUUAUAAACUGGUUACCAACGUAGUUAGAACAGUAAAAAUAAAUGUUUUGUCAUACCCAUCGUAUACGAGCUUAUAUACCACGGCUGUCAGCCAAUCAGCAUUCAGGACUGGAACCACCCAGUUUAUAAUUAGUAUUUUCCCUUUGGUUAAACUCAAGAUGACUUGCUGUAAUGCACAGUAGGUUGUUCUGUGUGUGUGUGUGAGGGAGUUUGAGCGUGUGAGUGUGUGUGUGUGUGUAUGUGUGUGUGUGUGUGUGUGUGUGUGUGUGUGUGUGUGCGUGCAUAUGUGUGUUUUUGUGGUAGACAGAUAGUUUAAGGUUCAAAACAAAUUGACAAAGCUAAUUUGCCAGUGCCAUCUUGCACAUCUGUAUAGACCUGAGUUGUAACUACUUCCUGUUUUCUCUGUGUGUUUCCAGGUGAAGGAUGAGAGGAAAGUCCAGGAGUUGUUUGACCUGGCUGACUAUGAACGAUCUGAGGAGCUGCGCAAGGCCAAAAGCCGCAGUAAGAAGAACCACAGCAGGUUCACCCUGCUUUGCUGCAAGCAGCCUGGGAAUACGGUGAGUCCUUCUGCCCAGGGAGAGUGAAGGAGUCAGGCAGGGAGGCUGCGCAUGGCCUGGGGUGUGUUGCCCUCAGUGGGAAGCCCUUACUGCAGGUGUCGAUUUUAGCUGAAAAUGCACUUAGAAGUUUUAUUUUGCUGAAAACUUAAACUUGAGGGAAGUUUAUCCUCAGACAUAGUUUGUGGUUUUCUGUAAAGAGAGAGUAUGAGAUAUAGAGUACAUGUUCAAAUCAAAUCAAUCAUAUUGUAUUUGUCACAUGCUUCGUAUACAAGAGGUAUAGACUAACAGUGAAAUGCUUCCUUACGGGUCCUUUUCCAACAAUGCAGAGUUAAAGAUAACGGAGUACACAGAGUUUUUGUAUCUCAAUAGAGAGAAAUAUAAUGGCGUCUUUUUGUAGGAACACUGCCAUGGUUCAUUGGACAAAGCCUAUGGGGAAGUGAAUGGCGUUUUGGGAUAAACGCUGAAAAUAAGGUAUAUGGUAAACACAGGCUUAGGAGAUCUUGAAGCAUUUAAGUCAUUUUUUAAAAGCACAUAAAGGCUUCAUAAUUCAUAAAGGUCAUGUUAACUGACAUAUUAUCUCAUAAAACAAAACGUAUAAGAUCUCCUAAGCCUGUAUUAACCUCAGACCUUGUUUUCUGCUGUGCCCACUCCGCUACCUACGUAGUUGCUGUGCUUACUGCUUCGCUGCCGGUCCCCCUCCUUGAUCGCCUUUGUCUGGUCACUGGUGUAGCCUACAAACUUCAUGUUGUACACAAAACUGUUUGCACUAUUGCAUUCCCUCAGCAGGCUAUUAAAGCAUAAGCGCAAUUUCCUACAAAUUUAAUGUUGUACACAAAACUGUUCGAACUACUGCAUUUCAUGCCUCAGUAAGCAUAAGUGGGGUUUCAUGUUAUUUUUUGAGGGGAGUAGGCUACAUGUAGCUAUUUAAAUGUUUUACACAAAAUACAUUAUCGACAUGUACAAACUUUGUUGUCAGUAUUGCAAACAUAAGCACGACAACCUUAAGAAAGAGGUUUCCGGCAGGGUGGGCGGGGGCGGGGCGUGGGCUCUGUAUCCAUAGCCACGGCCUAAAGAUAAAAACAUAAAAAAUAGUGACACGAGGAAUAAAUACACAGUGAAUAACAAUAAAAAGUAAAAAUAACAUGGCUAAAUACAGGGAGUACCAGUACCGAGUCGAUGUGCAUGGGUACAAGGUAAUUGAGGUAGCUAUGUACAUAUACAGUGGGGAGAACAAGUAUUUGAUACACUGCCGAUUUUGCAGGUUUUCCUACUUACAAAGCAUGUAGAGGUCUGUAAUUUUUAUCAUAGGUACACUUCAACUGUGAGAGACGGAAUCUAAAACAAAAAUCCAGAAAAUCACAUUAUAUGAUUUUUAAGUAAUUAAUUUGCAUGUUAUUGCAUGACAUAAGUAUUUGAUACAUCAGAAAAGCAGAACUUAAUAUUUGGUACAGAAACCUUUGUUUGCAAUUACAGAGAUCAUACGUUUCCUGUAGGUCUUGACCAGGUUUGCACACACUGCAGCAGGGAUUUUGGCCCACUCCUCCAUACAGACCUUCUCCAGAUCCUUCAGGUUUCGGGGCUGUCGCUGGGCAAUACGGACUUUCAGCUCCCUCCAAAGAUUUUCUAUUGGGUUCAGGUCUGGAGACUGGCUAGGCCACUCCAGGACCUUGAGAUGCUUCUUACGGAGCCACUCCUUAGUUGCCCUGGCUGUGUGUUUCGGGUCGUUGUCAUGCUGGAAGACCCAACCACGACCCAUCUUCAAUGCUCUUACUGAGGGAAGGAGGUUGUUGGCCAAGAUCUCGCGAUACAUGGCCCCAUCCAUCCUCCCCUCAAUACGGUGCAGUCGUCCUGUCCCCUUUGCAGAAAAGCAUCCCCAAAGAAUGAUGUUUCCACCUCCAUGCUUCAUGGUUGGGAUGGUGUUCUUGGGGUUGUAUUCAUCCUUUUUCUUCCUCCAAACACGGCGAGUGGAGUUUAGACCAAAAAGCUCUAUUUUUGUCUCAUCAGACCACAUGACCUUCUCCCAUUCCUCCUCUGGAUCAUCCAGAUGGUCAUUGGCAAACUUCAGACGGGCCUGGAAAUGCGCUGGCUUGAGCAGGGGGACCUUGCGUGCUCUGCAGGAUUUUAAUCCAUGACGGCGUAGUGUGUUACUAAUGGUUUUCUUUGCGACUGUGGUCCCAGCUCUCUUCAGGUCAUUGACCAGGUCCUGCCGUGUAGUUCUGGGCUGAUCCCUCACCUUCCUCAUGAUCAUUGAUGCCCCACGAGGUGAGAUCUUGCAUGGAGCCCCAGACCGAGGGUGAUUGACCGUCAUCUUGAACUUCUUCCAUUUUCUAAUAAUUGAGCCAACAGUUGUUGCCUUCUGACCAAGCUGCUUGCCUAUUGUCCUGUAGCCCAUCCCAGCCUUGUGCAGGUCUACAAUUUUAUCCCUGAUGUCCUUACACAGCUCUCUGGUCUUGGCCAUUGUGGAGAGGUUGGAGUCUGUUUGAUUGAGUGUGUGGACAGGUGUCUUUUAUACAGGUAACGAGUUCAAACAGGUGCAGUUAAUACAGGUAAUGAGUGGAGAACAGGAGGGCUUGUUAAAGAAAAACUAACAGGUCUGUGAGAGCCGGAAUUCUUACUGGUUGGUAGGUGAUCAAAUACUUAUGUCAUGCACUAAAAUGCAAAUUAAUUACUUAAAAGUCAUACAAUGUGAUUUUCUGGAUUUUUGUUUUAGAUUCUGUCUCUCACAGUUGAAGUGUACCUAUGAUAAAAAUUACAGACCUCUACAUGCUUUGUAAGUAGGAAAACCUGCAAAAUCGGCAGUGUAUCAAAUACUUGUUCUCCCCACUGUAGGUAGGGGUAAAGUGACUAGGCAACAGGAUAGAUAAUAGACAGUAGCAGCAGCGUACACUCAGUGGCCAGUUUAUUAGAUACAUAACCCCGUUCACGAAAAUGGUUAGCUCCUACAGACAGUGAGUCACGUGGCCGUGGCUUGCUAUAUAAAGCAGGCAGACAGGCAUCGAGGCAUUCAGUUACUGUUCGAUUGAACGUUAGAAUGGGCAAAACAAGUAACCUAAGCAACUUUGAGCGUGUUUAUGAUUGUCGGUGCCAGGCAUGCCGGUUCCAGUAUCUCAGAAAUGGCCAGCCUCCUGGGCUUUUCAUGCACGACAGUGUCUAGAGUGUACCGAGAAUGGUGCAGCAAACAAAAAACAUCCAGUCAGCGGCAGUCCUGUGGGUGAAAACAGCUCGUUGAUGAGAGGUCGAAGGAGAAAGGCAAGAAUCGUGCAAGCUAACAGGCGGGCCACAAACAGGCAAAUAAUGGCGCAGUACAACAGUGGGGUGCAGAACAGCAUCUCGGAAAGCACAACUCGCCGGUCCUUGUCACGGAUGGCCUAUUGCCGCAGACGACCACACCGAGUUCCACUCCUAUCAGCUAAAUACAAGAAGAAGCGCCUCCAGUGGGCACGCAAUUCUACCAGCUCUCACAUUAUCACGUUAGAAUUAGACAUUCAUCCAUGUUUCUCAAAUGUCAAAUUUCGAAGUGUUUAAGGUUAAGUUUAGGCAUUAACUCAGAAUUUUAAAGGUUAGGGUUAAGUUCAGGCAUUAACUCCAAAUUCUUAAGGUUAGGCAUUAACUCCGAAUGGUAAAGGUUAAGGUUUGGGAUAGGCUUAAAACAAAAAUAUCAAAAACAAUUGCUGAUUUCGAACUUGCAACCUUUAGAAUCAGAGGCAGGUGCUUACACCCAUCUGCCAUCCCCCAUACCCCAUACCCGCCCACAAUGCCCUAGCAAAACUGAAACCUACUUGAAGGUAACAGCACUCACUGUUGCCCCUUGUGGCCGGUUUCCACGUCAUCUCCCGACGUCCUCAGACAUGAAUGGACGUUGAAUACUGACUUGUAUCACAGGUCACCAACACUGGACAAUUGUGUGGAAAAACAUCGCCGGGUCUGACGAAUCCCGGUCCCUGUUGCGUCAUGCUGAUGAAUUUUGCGUAAGCAGCAUGAGUCCAUGGCUCCAUCCUAGUUGGUGUCAACGGUACAGGCUAGUGGCAGUGGUGUAAUGGUGUGGUGUAUGUUUUCCUGGCACACGUUAGGUUCCUUGAUACCAAUUGAGCAACCUUUCCAUGCCCUGAAGAAUUCCGGCUGUUCUGGAGGCAAAGGGGGGUCCGACCCGGUACUAGAUAGGUGUACCUAAUAAAGUGUGUGUGUAUGUGUGUGUUUGGGUGUCAGUGUGUGGGUAGAGUCCAGUGUGUGUGCAUAGAGUCAGUGCAAGAGAGUUAGUGCAAAAAAUUUGUCUAGCUGAUUAUUUAUUUUUCUCUCUGGGAGAUUAUAUGGUUGUGUUACCACAUUGGAUUGGACAGUAACACACUCCCACCACAGACCGGGAUUGGUGGAUUUCUCCAGAAAGACAUAAUCCAUAGAAUCCCAUUAACACUGAAGAGGCAUUCUCUGUAACGCACAAAUCCUAUAGAGAUUCCACCCACAGUUGUCGCUUCUGACCCACUGCAGUUCCUUUAGAUCUCGGCACCAGCUGCUGGUUCAUUUUACAUAAUUGUUCACUGUCUUAGUGUGAUAUUCUAUAAUUACGUUUCAGGAAUGGAAGGGGGAAGUGUGUGUUUGAGAGAAGAUUGCAAUUAUAUACAAGAAGAUUAAGGGCAGAUGCUCAAUUUACCUGUUUUUGUCAAGCUUUGCAGAGAUUCUUCCUCCAGCUUACAGCUUAGACCCUGCUCUAGAUAAGAACCAUCUUUAACAUUUACUGAGGCGCAAUCUCCUUUUCUUGGCGAUUUAGGCAAAGCCGCCCCAUUAAGCUUUCUGUCCCCCUCUCCAUCUCUCACACAUUGGCUACAUUCUGACUCUCCCUCCAGCCAAUGCUUACACUACAUUCUAACUCUCCCUCCAGCCAAUGCUUACACUAAUGUAUUGCUUUUAAAUCCAUGAUUAGAGUAUGCAAGUACACACUUAGGAAGAAGGGUGAAUAUUGGGAGUAUCCCUUUCUCAUCUUCUUUCAACCAAUCAAUCGAUUCUUUCCUUUCCUCAGGUGCCCAAUCUUGUGUUUUUGGCCGUUAGCCCCGAGGAGAAGGAGUCAUGGGUCAAUGCCCUCAAUACAGCCAUCAUCAAAGCCAAGAACCGCAUUUUUGAUGAGGUAGGUCAGUCACUCUCCUCCUCUCCAUCCCUGUCCCUAUGUCGCUAGCUCUCACUUCUCCUCAGAUUUCUACAGCUUUCCUUCUUUUUCUCUCUCUUUAGCAUGUCUCUCAUGCAACAUUUAUUAUUUUAAAUGAAACCACCACCACUCAAAACGCCCCCACAGCCAGCCAUAAAAAGUUUCCAGACAAAUGUAACCUUGCCGUUACUAAGCACACUAUGUACAGUUGAAGUCGGAAGUUUACAUACACUUAGGUUGGAGUCAUUAAAACUCGUUUUUUCAACCACUCCACAAAUUUCUUUUUAACAAACUAUAGUUUUGGCAAGUCGGUUAGGACAUCUACUUUGUGCAUGACACAAGUAAUAUUUCCAACAAUUGUUUACAGAAAGAUUAUUUCACUUAUAAUUCACUGUAUCACAAUUCCAGUGGGUCAGAAGUUUACAUACACUAUGUUCACUGUGCCUUUAAACAGCUUGGAAAAUUCCAGAAAAGGAGCUUCUGAUAGGCUAAUUGACAUAAUUUGAGUCAAUUGGAGGUGUACCUGUGGAUGUAUUUCAAGGCCUACCGUCAAACUCGGUGCCUCUUUGCUUGACAUCAUGGGAAAAUCAAAAUAAAUCAGCCAAGACCUCAGAAAAAAAUUGUAGACCUCCACAAGUCUGGUUCAUCCUUGGGAGCAAUUUCCAAAUGCCUGAAGGUACCACGUUCAUCUGUACAAACAAUAGUACGCAAGUAUAAACACCAUGGGACCACACAGCCAUCAUACCGCUCAGGAAGGAGACGCAUUCUGUCUCCUAGAGAUGAACAUACUUUGGUGCGAAAAGUGCAAAUUAAUCCCAGAACAACAGCAAAGGACCUUGUGAAGAUGCUGGAGGAAACAGGUACAAAAGUAUCUAUAUCCACAGUAAAACGAGUCCUAUAUCGACAUAACCUGAAAUGCCACUCAGCAAGGAAGAAGCCACUGCUCCAAAACCACCAUAAAAAAGCCAGACUACGGUUUCCAACUGCACAUGCGGACAAAGAUCGUACUUUCUGGAGAAAUGUCUUCUGGUCUGAUGAAACAAAAAUAGAACUGUUUGGCCAAAAUGACCAUCGUUAUGUUUGGAGGAAAAAGGGGGUUGCUUGCAAGCCGAAGAACACCAACCCAACCGUGAAGCACGGGGGUGGCAGCAUCAUGCUAUGGGGGUGCUUUGCUGCAGGAGGGACUGGUACCCUUCACAAAAUAGAUGGCAUCAUGAGGAAGGAAAAUGAUGUGGAUAUAUUGAAGCAACAUCUCAAGACAUCAGUCAGGAAGUUAAAGCUUGGUCGCAAAUGGGUCUUCCAAAUGGACAAUGACCCAAAGCAUACUUCCAAAGUUGUGGCAAAAUGGCUUAAGGACAACAAAGUCAAGGUAUUGGAGUGGCCAUCACAAAGCCCUGACCUCAAUCCUAUAGAAAAUGUGUGGGCAGAACUGAAAAGGCGUGUGCGAGCAAGGAGGCCUACAAUCCUGACUCAGUUACACCAGCUCACCCAACUUAUUGUGGGAAGCUUGUGGAAGGCUACCCGAAACAUUUGACCCAAGUUAAACAAUUUAAAGGCAACGCUACCAAAUACUAAUUGAGUGUAUGUAAACUUCUGACCCACUGGGAAUGUGAUGAAAUAAAUAAAAGCUGAAAUAAAUCAUUCUGUCUACUAUUAUUCUGACAUUUCACAUUCUUAAAAUGAAGUGGUGAGCCUAACUGACCUAAGACAGGGAAUGUUUACUAGGAUUAAAUGUCAGGAAUUGUGAAAAACUGAGUUUAAAUGUAUUUGGCUAAGGUGACUUCAACUGUACAAUUUGUGAAUUUAGACAAAAGCACAGUCUACAUCUUUCAAUACGGGAAACACGUAAGUGGUAUCUCCCCAGGCAAGGAUGAGAGAUCAAAGAGUUUCCUCGCUGACUCAUCCAUCUCCGUCGGGAACAGAGUCCUCGUUAAUGCUCCGUCCCUGCCGACGCCCACCUGUUUUCCUCGUACCUCUCGAUCAAACAGUGGCUCCCUCCCCAUCACACACUAUAGGGUGAAAAUCCAUCUUCCGUAGUUAGAGAUCGUCGGGAAGUGAGAAUGAACUCUGCAGCAUGUCUGCCACCCCGAUAGUGAGAAUGCUCUCGAGUAUCAAGCAAAAGGUGUGAAGUGCCUGCUUUAGCACAGCAGGUUGAAUUCCAACACACAACAAAUAAUGUACUCUAAUGUACUCUACUGUUCUCUACAUUACAUCUUUAGCUCAUGCUAAGGGGAAGUUACUUGUUGCACUUACAACCUCCUACUCUUUCAUCCAUUCCCAUAACUCUCCCUCCACAAAUAUACAUUUAUGUUAUUCUGCAUGUAAAAAUAAAUAUCUUUCCAUAGGUCACAAUUGAAGAGGACAGUGUCCUGGUGCACCCUACACGUGAUCGUGCCAAGAUUCCCCAUGCACGGCGCUUGCCCACCCGGGGACACCUCAUGGCUGUGGUGGGUGUUGCUAACUUGGCUAACACUGACAUUUCAGUUCCAAGUCAAUAUUAUAUUUGUGGAAGGCAAAUAAGGAAUUGUACUGUUUGUAUUGUAAGGAUUAACCUGGUCUGUUGCAUUGAAUGCUAAACUCUCUUGUGCUCUCCCUAGGCAUCCACCUCUUCAGACGGAAUGUUGACCCUUGACCUUGUCCACGAGGAAGAUGACUCCACCCCAGAAGAUGAGGAAGAACGCUUCUGGGAAAAUAACUUCCGGGUUGACCUAGACAAACGGACCACAGGUCGUCAGCGUUCUGGCACAGACGUCUCCAAACUCUGUGUCACAACAAGGGACCCAAGGGUACCCAAGACGGGCAGCCUGCCUCGCGGGAGCGAGCUCUCCUGGGGCCGUGCGCACCAUCUUGAGGCUCAAUCCCGCACCCCUCAACCAGGGAAGAGGUUCAGUGCCCAGGGUAGGAGCCGCUGCGCCUCCAUGGACGAGGUCCUUUCCUCACGGCCAGCCAGGGGUGUCCUUCGCCCUCGCCCCACAGAUGAACCUGUCCAGCCUGUUGGACAACUGCAGAGUCUUAUCGCCCAGAAAAUGCAGAGGGCUCAGGAACUGCUGGAAGAAAUGCGAUUGGAGGAACUGCAACAUGCAAAGGGCUUUGACUCGCCCUAUCUGAAGGGCAUUGACUCGCCCCGCUUGCACCAUCUGAGAGGGUCUGAGUCUCCUCACUCCAGGGCCUCAGGCUCACCUCGCAGUAAGAGUAGUGACUCCCCUCGUUUGAGGGUAAAAGACUCACCUCGUUUGAGGGGGAAAGACUCACCUCGUACGAAGGGCAAGAAGUCCCGCUCAAAAGGUACAGACUCACCCCAUUCAAAGAGUGAUGACUCUCCUAAUUUGAGGGGUAAUGACUCCCCCCGUCUCAGGGUUACUGACUCUCCCCGUCUCAGGGUUGCUGAUUCUUCCCGUUUCAAGGAAACAGACUCGCCAAGUCUGAAGGGUUCUGACUCUCCACAUCUCAAGAACAUUGGUUCACCCUUUUCAAAAAGUUUUGACUCAUCUAGUCUGAAGGGUUCUGACUCGCCUCGCAUCAAGGAUACUAAUUAUCCUGUUCUGAGGGGUAAGGACUCACUAAAUAUCAUUGGUAAGAAUUCUCAGAGUCUGAAGAGUAUCGUCUCACCUUGUCUGAAGGGUGCUGACUCGCCCCAUCUGAAGGGUAAUGACUCGCUCCAUAGUAAGAGUGCACACUCACUUCUCAGUGACUGUGAUUUGGAGAGUAGACGGGCGGAGGCGGAGCGUCUUCUGCAGGAAGCCGUCUCCUCCUGGCGUCAGGCUAAGGAGGUGCUGGAGGAGGUGAAGGAGCUGCAGACGCAGUCACUAAACCGCCGCUCCGAAAAGAAAACAAUAGACAGGCCCCCAACACCGCCACAGGACUAUAGGCUGGAGGACCAAUGACUCUGUCGCACCACAGCUGAAAGGCAUGCUGGCUUCUCUCCAAACAAAGACAAUAAAAAGAGCACUAGGGGCAUGGAGUACAUACAGUACAUUUUCUGUCACGUUUUUGUUGUCAUUACUUGCCAGUGUUGAAGCACAAAGCUUUUAGGCUUUACUGCUCCCGUUGCACUUUCCUAUCUUGAUCUUUGUUUAUAUACUGUAUACUAGUCAAAUUAAGCUGAGAAAGUAAUGACAGAAUAAUUUUAUUACCACUGCUGUUUGCUUGCUGGUGUGAAUAGGUUAGAUGGACCUUGACCCCAUAAUAUGAUUCUGUGCAUUAGAUUUUGUUCCCUUUGUCAAAGGCUCUGUGUUCCAUUCUGUUGAUGGAGGGAUGAGCUUCUGGGUUGUAGGAGCAGAUCAUGGUUUAUGGCUUAAUCCUGGUUCGUGGAUGGGGGGUGACUCAGACUGAGAGGCAUAAACAGGGCUAGAGCGGAGGUGCUGUGCCUCGGUGACACUGACACACCCAGGGAAAGUCAUAUUUUUACAUUUAUUAUCCACCAGAGGUGGGUUAGGUUUCAUUGCAAAAUGCUUUGUACUUUAAAUAUAAACAUGAAAUGCUUUUUUAUAAUGGACGAAUGGAAUGAGAAUGUUUGCGUGGAAACAUUGUCUGAGGAGCAUUAUUUCAGUGUGAAAUGCAUAUAUGGAGAAGAUGCUCUCUUUCGGUUAGCUUCAGUUAUUGACAACUUGCAGUCAAGUCCAAUGACCUUGAAACAUCAAGGAUUUCCCCAGUUUCUCUGUGUCAGAAACCUAGUAUUGUAGUUGUUGGUCUUCUCAGAGACCGAAUACAAAGGCAAUCUUCCUCUUACUGUGAGCUUGUUAUUUCCUCUUCCCCUCUGUGUCCUAAACUGAGCAAUAGUAUUCCACGGACAGAUUCAAGAUGCCUGUUAACAUUAUGCAAUCAAACUGAUUUAAACUCACUAGUUGGAUUCCCAACAUUUAUAGCUAAAACUCAUAGACCACAAGGCCACUUUGAUUGCAAGGAUAUCAAGUAACACCACUUUGUUUUAUUAAAUGUACUUUUAUUUUCGGGUCAUGUAACGUGGUCUCUUGCUUGUACUCAGAAUUCCUCUAUUGUUUUGGUUAAUUGGGGUUCUGUGAUCUACAAAAGCCUGCAUGUGAGUGAUUCAGCGGAAGCGAGCAAGAGAACAUGCUCAUUAACUCUGAUCAGCUUUUGAGGAGAUAUGCUAUUAUGGGAUUAUAAUUGCAGGCGUCAUGUUGAGUCUCUGUAGUGUUUGUUGCACUUCUAAUCAGGUGGGCAGAUGAUUUCAACAGUUCUUCUGUCUCUCUUCCAAAAGGUGCACAGGGUAAUCUCACAACAAGAGGAUACAUUAUUUGAUGAGAGAGAGAUGAUUAAAGCUUCUGAAAGGUUUUCAGGGCACAAAGAUAUUACAUUUGGAGAUUUGAAGAUGGGUUGGUUGCACUGCACUAUUUCAUACCAAAAUAGGGUGGAAAUCAAUGUUCUUAGUAUCAUGUCCUGGUUUAGUCACAUGGUCAGUAUUUCCUGCCAUGUCAUUGGCUGACUGCCAAAAUAUGACUCAUAGGUCACUGAGUUGAUAUUAACAUGCACAGUGCAUCUAGGACAGGACAAACAUCGCUCCAUUACACCAGGCUCACCUCACAUAUGGUUACAAUCACUCAUGUAUGGUUGCAGUUUAUCGGUUUAUUUGAUUAUGUGUAUGUGUGUGUCCCUUCAGCAGUAAUUAUAUGCCUUUGGUGCACAUGACAACAUGCAAUACAGUAGGCCUAAUGUUGAUAACGAAAGAGAUAUCCACCACCGCUUUGUAAUCUGAGCUAAGCCAAAGACCAGUGUAAAGCAACUCUGCCAGAAAUAAGUGAAAAGUGGUUAGAAUGUCUCAAGCAAUCUCAGAAAUUGAUUUUAUUAACAGCAAUUGUGAAAUGACUAGUGUAUG